AUGCAUGCACUUCGCUCAUCAGCGAGGGUAGCCUCCCGCUUUCAAACAACACGUCUACCCAGGUUCGUGCGAUCAUACUCCGCAUCGGCUGAGACCGAGUUCAAAAUGCUCCUUCUCUCGAAUCCUAAGCCCGGCGUUGGCCUCGUCCAGCUCAACCGCCCCGCAGCCCUCAACGCCCUCGGCACCCCCCUAAUCCUCGAACUCAACCAAGCCCUCCGCGCCUACCAAGCCGACAAAGCCAUCGGCGCCAUCGUCCUCACCGGCUCAGAAAGAGCAUUCGCAGCAGGCGCGGACAUCAAAGAGAUGAAGGACCUCAGCUUCAGCGACGCCUACGGCAAAGACUUCAUCGAAUCCUGGUCCGACCUCGUCAGCUUCCUCAAGAAACCCCUCAUCACCGCUGUAAACGGGUACGCGCUCGGCGGAGGCUGUGAACUCGCCAUGAUGGGCGACAUCAUCUACGCAGGCCCCAAAGCCGUCUUCGGCCAGCCCGAAAUCAAACUCGGCGUCAUCCCCGGCGCAGGCGGCUCCCAGCGUCUGACCCGCGCAAUUGGCAAGUCGAGGGCCAUGGAGGCCAUUCUCACGGGCGACAACAUCCCCGCCAAGCAAGCGGCCGAGUGGGGGCUCGUGUCCAAGGUGUUUGACUCGCCGCAGGAAUGUGUAGACGGCGCUGUUGCAACGGCAGAGAAGAUUGCGUCAUACAGUCAGAUCGCAGUCAAGGCAUGCAAGGAAGUAGUAAACAAGAGCCAGGAUCUAGGUCUUCGCGAGGGUGUCGAGUAUGAGCGGAGAGUGUUUCACGGCCUGUUUGGCAGCCAGGAUCAGACGAUUGGUAUGGCGGCUUUUGCGGCCAAGGAGAAGCCCAAGUGGACGAAUAAUUAA